AUGCAUCCGCGGAAAAUCCCCCCUUCCCCGUGGGAUCCCCAUCCCAAGCCGGUCAGAUCCGCCAGUCUCACCUUCCGCGCGCCUCACGUCCCCCACUCGCGGAGUGCGCCUUCCAUUCCGCCGUACCCUUCCGCAUCCGCGUAUUCCUCCGCUCCCCCGUACCCUCCUCAUCCGUACUCGUCCGCUUCCCCGUAUCAUCCCCCUCACCAGUACGCUUCUGCUGCACCUUACGCUUCCGCUCUCCCUUACUCUUCCGCUCCGCCAUACGCUUCCGCUUCCGCCUACCCCUCCGCCUCCCCGUAUGCGCCUUCCGCGCCCUCGUUCCCCCCCGCACCUCAGCGGCGCGCAUCUUCCCCCUCACCGCCCGGGAGAAAUUUCGUCAUCCGGUUCACGUGCGACGAUGACGACGACGACGGCGAUGGCGACGGCGACGACAUUGCUGAUGCCAGUCGCGAAGCAGGUGGUAACCCGAACAUUGACAUUUCGAGCAGCAGAUCGUUACCGCUGGCCAGGCGAGCCUCUCCAACCGCGAUCCUUUCACCCGGGAGCGGGGCGUCAGGAGGAGGAGGGGGCGGCGGAACAACCUCCGCCGUUGCCCUUCCGCCAAGACCCGCGAGUGCGCCUGGAUCUUCCACCGGUCGAACGUCUUUUUCUCUCCCAACCGCUGCGCAAGGUCCCGCUUCCGCUUCCUCUUCCGCCACCGCUUCCGCUUCCCCGCUCUCGCUUCCCUCUGGCGCGAGCAAGUCCACGGUUUGGACUGCAGGUGGCGCUGCCGCGCAAACCCGCGGAAGACAGACGGCGGCUGGGGUAGUUGCGCGCGCAGCUUCCGCGCGAGCACUGGGGCGCUCGCCGCCUUCCGUCCCCCUUCCCCCAGCGGCUGCUGCUGGCGGAUCUACCGCGGCGGCGGCUGGCGGGAGCUCUGGCGGAGCAGGCGGGAGUGACGGCGGAGCUUCCACGCAGUUUUUGAAGCAAAUUGCGCUCAUGCGCGAGCAGAUCGCGGCUUUUGAGCGCAGGGGGGAAGGCGGGAGCUCGGGGAACUUGGUUGAGGCAGGCGGGGGACAGUGUCCGGAUGCGCCUAAGGAAGGCGCAGAGCCAAGCAGCGGCGGAAACGCCAGUAGCGCUGGCGCAAGCGGGGCUGGCGCGAGUGGGGCUGGCGCGAGUGGGGCUGGCGCGAGUGGGGUUGGCGCAAGUGGGGCUGGCGUCAGUGCUCUUGGGGGCAGCAAAGGAGAGAAGCUUUCAAUAUCGGCGGCACUUAAGCCGAAUGAAGGAGCACCAGGUGCUGCUGAGAAGGCAAGUGGGGAAGGAGGAGUAGCAGCAGCAGGAGGAGGAGUAGCAGCAGCAGGAGGAGGAGUAGCAGCAGCAGGAGCAUGUGGAUUAGCAGGGAGGGCACCAGCUACCGCCCUAGAAGCAUCUGCUGCUGGUGCUUCGUCACGUGCGGCUCGACAGGGCGGCGUUUCUCGUCCUGUAGCGGUCAGAGGCGGAACGGCGCGGUCGAGAGGAGGAGCAAGAGGGCUAGAUCUGGUCGGGCCAUCACCCCCAUGCCAUCACCCCCAUGCCAUGCCAUCACCCCCAUGCCAUGCCAUCAUCCUCUUCUCUUCCCAUGCCAUCAUCCUCUUCUCUUCCCAUGCCAUCAUCCUCUUCUCUUCCCAUGCCAUCAUCCUCUUCUCUUCCCAUGCCAUCAUCCUCUUCUCUUCCCAUGCCAUCGAUUCCCUUCCCUGCAAUGCGAUCGACUCCCCAAAAGACGUGAAGCCCAUGCACGCUGAGGUCAGCAAGAAGACUGCUGAGGUCAGCAAGCCGGCUGCUGAGGUCAGCAAGCAGACUGCUGAUGUCAGCAAGCAGACUGCUGAUGUCAUCAAGCCUGCUGAGGUCAGCAAGCUGACUGCUGAGGUCAGCAAGAAUGCUGAGGUUGGCAAGCAGACUGCUGAGGUCAGCAAGCAGACUGCUGAGGUCAGCAAGCCGACUCCUGAGGUCAGCAAGCCGACUGCUGAGGUCAGCAAGCAGAACGCUGAGGUCAACAAGCAGACUGCUGAGGUCAGCAAGCAGACUGCUGAGGUCAGCAAGCAGAACGCUGAGGUUGGCAUUGGCAAUGCUGGUGGUGCUGGUAGUGAUGGCAUGGGCACCGGCGCCGACCCGGACAGUGGCGAGGACAUGGGCGAUGCUGUGGCUGGCAAUUCGGGUGGUGGUGGUAGCGAUGGCAUUACUACCAGUGCUGAUCGUGACAGUGGCGAGGACAUGGAGAUAGACUCCAUGGAUGAUGAUGCUGCUGCUGGUAGUGGUGGUGCUGCUGCUGGUGCUUAUAAUGGUGCUCGUGGUGCUUAUAACGGUAGUGAUGGUGGUGAGGGGCGCGAGUACGAUCCAUUUGCAGAUGCUGUAGGAGGCUGGGAGGUUGACUACAGGCAAGCAGGCGUGCAGGCGUCACCACCACAGAUAGGAGUGGAGACAGCAGCAGUGCGAAUUUCACCAGGGACUGGGGUAGAGGCAGCGCUGGAGGCGGAUGGGGCGUGGGCGGGGCUGGCGAGUGUGUGGCACGGGGCAGGGGGUUUCUCGUUCGGCGGGUGGCUGGAGGAGGAUCAGGUGGAGGGGAGAGAGAAGGGCGCGCACACACAGGGUGCGAGAGCGGAGAGUGCGAGGGUGCAGGGUGUAAGAGAUGAUCCUGUUAGAACGGAUUUGCAAGCCCCUCCUCAUUCCCUGCCUUCUCCCUCCAUUCUCGCCUCUCAACCCCUUCCGCCACCUCGCCUCCCAGCCUCUCCCCCUCCCCCUCCCCCUCCCCCUCCCCCUCCCCCUCCCCUUCCAUCUCAUCCGCCCCCGCCGCCCGCCCCACCCCCUCCGUCUGAUCCUCCUCCUCCUCCCCCUUCCCUCCCUCCCCGCCCCUCUCCCAACCAGCCCUCCCCUAUCCGCCCCUCUCCCAGCCGCCUCUCUCCCAACCGUCCCUCACCCAACUUCCUCUCCAGCCUCCCCUCUUCCAACUUCCCCUUUCUCAAAUGCCCCUCUCUCCACCCCGCCUCGCUCUGA